AUGGAUGUCUCUCGAGGCCUCUCGAUGGCUACAACACGACUCUGCCGACUCACGACAUCUUCAUUUCUCGCUCCCUUCUUAACACGCGCAUCGACGCCGCGCAUAACAACCGCUGCUCGAUGCUUCUCCUCCGCCCCGACCCUAUUUGCAGCAGGUGGUUCCCGACCCUUGUCAGACAAAGAAAAGGCUGCGAGGGAGAAGAUCAAGAGAAGAAGGAAGAAGCACCGAGCCUAUAAGCAAUAUAACCUCAAGGACAUGGAGCAGUUUACGUUGUGCGAAGCAAUGAGGUACAUCAAAGCCUUCGAAGUCGGUCGCGAGCCCGACUCGCCGAAAUAUGACAUCCACAUCAAACUGCGCACCAAAAAAGACGGCCCCGUGGUUCGCAAUUCGAUCCGCCUCCCCUACCCGGUCAAGACGGACAUAAAAGUCGCGGUCAUCUGUCCGCCGAAUUCCACGGCGGCGCAACGAGCACGCGAAGCCGGCGCCCAUCUGGUUGGUGAAGACGAGCUCUUUGAACGAAUCAAGGCUGGGAAAAUCGACUUUGACCGAUGCAUCGCUGUACCCGAAUCCUUGCAGAAGAUGAAUAAAGAGGGAAUUCCCAGAAUAUUGGGCCCAAGGGGUCUGAUGCCGAGUAUCAAGAUGGGCUCAGUCGUGACGAAUCCAGGACCUGCUGUGAGGAAUAUGAUGGGCGGAAGUACAUACAGAGAAAGGCAGGGUGUGGUGCGGAUGGCGGUGGGAAGACUGAGCUUUACGCCGGAGCAGCUGAGGGAUAAUGUGAAGGCGUAUGUUAACGCGGUGAAGAAGGAUUCGGCUGCGCUGAGCGACCAGAUUGUCAAGGAGAUCUAUGAGGUGGUUUUGAGCUCCACGAAUUCUCCUGGCUUUUCUUUGACUGGGGACUUCUACAAACCGGCGCCGGGAGCUGCUACUCCUCAGCAACUGGCAGUGAUUUGA